GCCAUGUAUCGGAUAUGCAGCUGGUUGCCGCCAUUCCAAAUUCCGUCGGUGCUGUAGUUGCCAAGGCUGCAACAGUGGACGGUUCCAUUGUUGAGUACGGGAAAGGCGCGGGGGGUGGAAGUGUGCUCAGAGAGGAGGAGGAGGAUUUGGAAGUGAAGCUUCGACGAAUCAUUGAGAACGUACCCGUCCGUGUUAACAAUACCUCUGGAAGCUCCGCUGGUUCGGGCUCCGGUGAUUUCCAUCAGUAUCGGCAAAUGCGGAGAAAGGAACAGGAUCGAUUGAUGAGAAUGGAUGCCGACUACGAGAGGAGGAAGGAGUUGGCCGAGUUUAAUAUGAGGAGGGAAGAAAGGUUGAAGGCGGCGGAGGAUAGAACGGCGAAGAAGCGAGCAAAGCGUCAGAAGAAGAAGCUCAAGAGGAAGGAGUUGGCCGAGUUUAAUAUGAGGAGGGAAGAAAGGUUGAAGGCGGCGGAGGAUAGAACGGCGAAGAAGCGAGCAAAGCGUCAGAAGAAGAAGCUCAAGAGGAAGGAGAAGAGAAAUAAGGUCGAUAAUGGAGACGAACAUCAUCUUGUUCAUCAAGAAGAUGGGUCCUCAGGAAGUGAGGAUUCAGAUGAUCCUUAUGCAUAGUCAAGGAACUGAGUUUUCCUUCUAUUCUCUUAAGUGCAAGAUGGUUUGGAUUCUCUUCCAAAGUAGGAAUGUGUGCCAUGUAAUGUUAAAUGAGUCAUCUCUUUGUAUAGAGUUUGUGGGAAUUUAAUGAUUUGAUAGAGCAUUUAUACUUUAUGGUAGCCAUUGUGGCAGAUGAGAACAGGGGUGUAGACUAGUAGCUGAAUUGAGUUCGAGUCAUGUUUAACUCGAGCUUUAUUUGUUUGUAUGAUUGGGAGAUGGAGCUUGUGCUGACUUACAGUAUUGACAACAGGGGAGUUAACUAGCUCGCGAGCUCGAAUGGAAUUGGUUGGUUUUU